AUGUUUAAAAAAUACAAGAAUCAAGAUCUGGAUAUGAGUUUUUGGUGGAAGAGGAAUCCCAAAACCCCAUUAGACCAUGUUAAAUUCAUUACAGAACAAUUGAGCAAGAUCGAGUCAUCUUCGACACAGGAUAGUAAACGUAAGGCCCAGGAAGAAUGUUCCAAAUAUUUAAUGGGUACAAAGCAUUAUAUUUUGGGGGAUACAGAGCCCCAUCCGACUCCGGAGGCUAUUGAUGAGCUUUACAUGGCUAUGUACCAUGCGGAUUUUUUCUAUGAGUUACUUGUGCAUUUUUCAGAUUUGGAAUUUGAAGCCCGGAAAGAAGUAAUGCUUAUCUUUUCUAUCUGUCUAAGGCAUUCAAAGGAUAACAAGUUAGUUACUGUGGAUUAUCUGGUAUCCCAGCCUAAAACCAUUCAUUGUAUGUUGGGGACAGUGGAAUUGGCAUUACAGAAGAAAGGUGCGCACGAUGUAUUUCUCGCGGUUGGUAAUAUGAUAAUAGAAUGCAUCAAAUAUGAACAACUUUGUCGCAUAAUACUGAGAGAUCCACAGCUAUGGAAAUUUUUCGAGUUUGUGAAACUGGGCAAUUUUGAGAUAAGUACAGAGUCCCUACAAAUCUUGAAUGCAGCAUUCACAACCCAUCCCAAAUUGGUUUCCAGUGAACUUCUUUCUCACGAGAAUAACAUGACCAAAUUCAUACAAAACAUUAAUAAACUAAUGGCACACGGGAGCUAUGUAACAAAGCGGCAGAGCACAAAAUUGUUGGCUUCGCUCAUAGUAGUAAGAUCCAACAAUCAAUUUAUGAAUCUCUACAUCAAUUCACCAGAGAAUUUAAAGCUAAUAAUGACCUUAAUGACGGAUAAAUCGAAAAAUCUACAACAUGAAGCUUUCAACGUUUUCAAAGUCAUGGUGGCGAACCCAAGGAAAUCAAAACCUGUCUCAGAUAUCCUAAUGAAAAAUAGAGACAAACUGCUGAAAUAUUUUGAUAAUUUUGGAAUCGAUUGCCGUGAUGCGACUUUCCUUGAUGAAAAGGAGUUUAUCGUACAAGAGAUUGAGUCCUUACCACGUAUCGUCUCAUCCAAUGCGGAGGCUACUGUGCAGGUUUCAGGUUCUCCUCCAAGAAAUGAUUGA